AGAAACUCACACAAGCUACAGCACAGUUGCAGACGUCACAGGGGAAGCUAUAAAGCCCCGAAUACCACAGAGCAAGUCACACAAUGCUAGUGACCGACAGAACAGUAACCAUGCGGAUAGCUCAGCAACUACAAUCCACAGUGUGUGUGCUUCACCUGUUUGGGAUGUGUAUCUUUGGAGAGGGCUUUUCAAACAGUGCUGCUAUCAAGAGCACACCAGAGCAGUGCUGUAACAGGUGCUCCCCUGGAACUUACAAGAGUGACACCAGCAAUCCGUGCACGCCUUGUCCACUGGGCACAUUGUCUUCAGAGUGGAAUGCUGACAAGUGUAAGCCUUGCCAGUGCAACGAAGAUAAUUAUCUGCAGUGCAAUACUACCAGCAAGGAAUGUCAGUGUAAAACUGGUUAUAUCUACAAGAAUCCUGAACAUAGUCGCUGUAUACCAAUGGAGAAUUGCAAGAGAGGCACUGAACUUAAAAGAUCAGGCACUAUCAGCUAUAUAUAUACAUGUGAACAGUGUAUGAACAAUACCUUUUCGGACACAGUAGGAGGCACCUGCAAGCCAUGGACUGAUUGUCAGGCUUUGGGUCUGAUUACAGUCACCCCUGGUAACCAUACCCACAAUGCAAAGUGUGGAUGUGAGAAUGAUACCAGAUACCAAACCAUUGCUGUGGUGGCUGCAUUGAUUUUAUUUAUUUUGUCCUUGAUACUUCUUUCUGUGAGUCUCUUGAUAUGGAAAGCUAAAUAUAAGAAUAGGAAAAUGACAAUUAUUGCAGAAGCAGGUCCCGAUCCCCUGUUGAAAGAAAGAUGCCAACUAGAAGAUACCUGUAGCUGUCAGAUAUCAAAAGAGGAAAGUGGAGACAAGCCAGUAGAGGACAACAGCAUAAAAAGCUGCAUUAUCGGUGCAUAGGAUCCAAGUUAGAAGAGCAGCCAGUGGAAAAAGUAUACCUCAGACAAGGACUGGAAGUUUGAUGGGUCUUUAGAAACCUCUGAUACUUUUGAUGGGAGGUCUUGUCCUUUUCCUGUCUCUCGUAAUGUGCCACACUGACCAUGUGUAACCUACAACCUGCUUUGAUCUUGUUAGGAAGUGGAAGUCACUUGAGAUGCCAUAGCUAACUAGGUUUAACAGGGGUAAAAUGUAUUUACUAGGGGUGUGCUGCUACUCUUACACAUACUCCUAAUUGCCUUUGAGAAGUAUUUAUUGGCAAGUAAUAAAUACAUCCACUCAUUAAUGUGUUGAUUUCAAAACAAGAAAGCUGUCCUUCCCUCACUUUUACAACUGAGAAUUCACUUCUGCAUUGAGUGUUUUAAAAGCCGAACAGAAGCGAAAUAAUAUUUUUAUUGUUAGUUUACGGCCUCGGUUCGGCACUCAGCAGCCUCGGUAUGGUAUGAUCAAAGGAAAAUGAAUUCCAAUUGGCUCUUAAAACAAUUUGUAAGAACAAAAUCUCUGGUUGGACGAACAACUUUACCAAAGUCCUAAUUUAAUAAAUUUUUGAAGGCUAACCACUUUUAAGUCGUAUGUUUAAACCUUUAGUUUAUGGAUUAUAAAUAAUGAAUAUUAUUAACAAGGGGAUUGUUAAUAAUAAUAACAUGCUAUAAAUAGUUAUAGAAUGUGAACCCAAUGGGAAUAAACCUUAUAGUUAAUUUUCCACAUGAAGAGUCAUUCAAAUAAAAUAAAUAGCAGAGGAAUACCUAGAACGAUAAUCAGUGUUAGUAAGCUAUGACCUGCUGAGCAUUGCUGUUAUCUUAAAGGAAACGUGUUUCCACUCGGAUAAGAUGAAACUUCACCAGGAAACCCAGUCCUGUCCACAAAACUUGAAGCUACACUUUCUUCCCUUUUUUUUAGCUCUCUAGUGCUUAUAGAUUAAACAAUCAAAGAGCCUGACCUUGCACACACAACGUGUUGAAUGCAUUUCCCUGGGCUCUCACUAUAUGGCAGCAUCAACUAAAGAGUUUGCAAAGAAGUCAAACCAUUCUGGCCUCGUAGUUUUCACAGUCAGUUAAGCAAACAAAAAAAGAGACUUAAAGUGAAUUCCACUGUGAGUAGACACUUUUACAUCUCCUUAUCAAUGUCAACUCAGUCUAAAGAAAACUUAAAGUUUAAAAAAUAUUUAGCAAAGAACUAGAUGCAGAGCACUCUCUAGACUUGGUGAAAGUAUACAGGCAGUCAUUAAUUAUCUCUGAGACAUAAUGAAAGCAGUUGAAAUUUGCCACAACUGUGACAGUCUUGGAAAUACCAGAAUGCGUCUUCAGUACAGGGCAUAUCUAUUCUGAGCAGGGUGAUCAGACCGUUCUUUGUAUCACAGUUUGAAUCAGCUGACUUAAUUAUUCUUAUUUAACAAAGUAUUAUACAAAAUAUAGCUUGUAUCACAAAGCCCUCUUUACAAUAUGCUAUAUUUAGUACCAUUGUACCAGUGUGAUAAUAAAUCAGGACAACUGUGCAAUAUUUGCUUUCUUUACCCAUAGUGUUGACAUUGCUGUGAGCUGGUUAUGGUCUAGGGUUCUGUGAAACUAAUUCAGUAUUAAAAUGGUGUCUCAAUUGUAUUUCACUUUAUUCUUUAAGGGAAUGCAGGACUUAGAAUAGUGCCAUAAAGUGACACUGUGUUUUUUUAUAGAAUCUACCGUAUAUAAUAGGUGGGUAUGCAACUAAUGUGUUUAUAAUAAGGUUGAACUACAGUGCAUUAAAACAAAUACUUGUAUAUACAAGCUUUAUAUGCAUCUGUGUUGGCUAAAGGCGCUAUAACAAUGUAAAUAAAUAAAUAAAUAAAUAAAUAAAUAAAUAAAUAAAUACAAAUCUUUGAUGAAUAGUGCGUACAUUUUUUGGGGGGCGUUUCACAACAGAACUAUUG